UUCAGGUCUCACAAUGGUCUGACGUUUGUGAGAACCACCACGUUGGUCAAAGAUAAGGCCACACCCGAGUUAUCGGCCCUGAAACUGAAACAGACAAUCAGGUUUCUUCAUUUCAUCACAACCUCUGGCAAAGCAUGUUACUCUUCGUUGGACUCAUGAUUGUGGGCGUGGCCGAGGCUGCUGUGGGCACGGCCUGCAAGUCUGAGAGCGACUGCGGGAGGGAUGAGUGCUGUCUUGCCAUUGUUCCCAUGAAGGGGAAACGAGCGACAUCGGGACAAUGCCAGCUGAAGGGGACGGAGGCGUCCAAGUCGCGGUGUUACGUGGAGAACCGGUUCUACGACAAUGGAGUUUACACCAACAAGUGUCCAUGUGCUGCAGGACAGAAGUGCGAGUCUCUGGGAUACAUGGAGAUCCCCCAGGGGACCGUCGGUGCCUGUCGCCAGGCUACGAAACUGUCGACCCCUACGUCGUGUCAGAGCGGUGCGGACUGUGGCCCUGACGAGUGUUGUAGAUCCAGAAUGAGGCCGCUGGGCAAGAGGCAGCUCGGGGGUGGGGGAGUGUGUGAACCCCUCGGCACCACCGGCACUAGCUGCCUGGCGAGGUACCCGUCAGGAAAACCUAAAGCAAUGGCCUUCACCUGCCCGUGCAAGGCUGGCAUGACGUGUUCCCCCAACGGACAAAUGGACAUCCCGUUAGGAGAGAUGGGUAACUGCAAGUGAAAUGAUCGCAACAAAUAAACCUCUUAUAAGUC